AGAUACCCUUAGUCUAUGGGACACAAAAUUCAGAACACUGCAUAGCCAGAAACCUCUUAGCGACUGCAUAAAAUCCGCAUCCUCCAGCUCUCCUAGUAUUCGUUACUUGCAGUCAACAUCACGUUUUAUAAUCGUUGCGAGCGACACUUCCGUGUCUGUGUGCGGCUACGCCGCUGAAAAGGCGACCUUGAAAAGUUCUCUCGGAAUAUUGCAACAAAGCAAUAAGUAAGUAUGGCGUGAAAUUGUUAUAAAAUCGCCUCCCACUGAAUAUUGACAGUGCAACCAAUUCGACAUUUUUUGUUUUGAUUUUAAGGGAAACAGGGAAUUUCAAACCACAGUUUUUGACGACCCCAAACCUCAUCGAAGCAAGCCAGGUAAGGUUUAACCACAAUUAUGAAUAAAAGUCAUGACUCGUAAUUAAAACCAACCAAUAAAAUAGAAGAAUGAAUGUUGUGAUACCGCAAACCAGCCAAUGAGAUUGCAGAUUGAAAGUCAUGAUACCGCAAAGCAACCAAUGAAAUUGCAAAUAAUGGUUCUCCAGGGCGUGACUCCUCAAACUAGCCAAUUAUAAUUGGUCUUUUGAAUGGAGCAUCUUUGAAACAUGACAUAAGUAUUUUUAAGAGUUCUUCAAUGUCACAAGUACUUUAAAACUUUUUACACAUGUUAACUUACUUUGCGUCGAAAUUUUCCCGGGCGAUGACUACUAAGACCAACAUUCCUCGCAGGCAUCAAGCCUUGUGACGUCAUUAUGCAUAAGUCUUUUGACAAAUUUGGCUAACGUAGUUUUACGUCGUUGCUACCCAAUACACAACUUUAGAUAACUCAUAUGCCUAGUUACUAUUUUUCUGGAGCUGGUUGUUCAAAGGUGGGUUAAUGCUAACCCUGGGUUAAAAUUUAACCUGCUGUUUUAGUUUGUAUACUUCUACACAUCUGUGUAUUUCAAAACUUCAGAGAAGUAAACUCAUAUCGAUCCAGACAAGAUCUCUAAAGAAAUAUUUCCAAAUUUAUAGAAAAGCUGUCAAGAAGUUUGCUUCGAAUUUUAGGUUAACCACGGGUUAAACUAACCCAGUUUUGAACUACCGGCCCCAGGUUUACAGAAGCAUAAAACAGAACAAAGGUCACUAAGCAUUAGAGUUAUGUAUAAGAGUUAUUCGCUCGUGUGGAUAAUUCUAAAACUUAGUUACCUUUUGUUCUUUUCUAUGUUUCUGUAUACUAGAACAAUAGUAACUAGGCAUGUGAGUUAUUUAAAGUUGUGAAUUGGAUAUGAAUAACGUCAUAGCGAAAUUUGUGUAGUAAUAUAAUUUUUUAUCGUAGACAAUUGAAGAGUGGGAAAACGAUGUGUCCAAAGAUGAUGAAACAGAAAAUGAAAUACUUUGCCGUGUACUGGAUUCAAAAAAGGUUGAUACAUGAAUUUGUUUAUAGUUUUCAGGCUGUUGGUGGCAGGGCGGUUGCACAUGCGUCUUUCACGUAACUUUAUUAUCGAUGUUUAUUUCCUGCAAUUUGUAUACUGUUGUCUGAUUAGAUCCCCCCCCCCCCCAGUUUGCUUCACCCCUCUUAUUUUGUGUGAAAGUCUUUAACUCUAACGCCUAACCCUUGCCGAAGCUUUCUCAGUGGUGCCGCUUGCACCCCACUAGAAAUUUUUGUACCCCUCCUUUUAAAAAAAUGAAAAUCCGCCCUUGUGGACUUACACUUAAGGCCUGAUUCCACGAGGCGGAAUUUUUCGACCGAAACGAAAUUUCUCUUUGUCUUUUUACAAUUCGUUCUGCUUGAGAGCUCAUAAAACAAAGAGAAAUUUCGAUUCGGUCGAAAAAUUUCGCCUAGUGGAAAACCGCCUUAACGCUGAAACAAUAGGAAAUGAUCCUUUACUAGAUUUCCAGAAAGAACUCUUCAAAACUGUUAGAGCUACACUGGAACAAUAAGAGAUGACCCUUACCGAGUCACUAGGGAGAACAGUUUACAUCUGAUAGAGCUAUUCACUGUUAAUAAACUUAGUUUACUGGCGCAGUAAGAGAGAACCGUUGCUGGAUCUCUAUGGAGAACAAUUUAAAUAGAAUUGUUCUCUAAGAGAUAUCCAGUAUAAAUAAGGUUAGUUGAGUUAUCUACAGUAAUAAAAUGCUAACAUGCAAGUAUUAUUUCCCAUUCAGACAAAAACUGCCAAGAAACUUGCUUUAGAGUUACGGAAGUAUUUUGAAAAGUCUACCUGCACAGAAUCGCGUUCAGGUUUGUUCUUUGGUCAAUAUGAACAAAUUCUAGACACGCUAUUGGCGAGGGUUGGCAUGCGAUAUCCACGCCCCGUCCCCUGUAAUUCUCAUGUGUGAUAUACAAUCCUUUUUCUCCUGCAGAAAAGCCAACAGUCUCGCAGUAUUUCGUCACUAGUAUUUUUGAAAGAUGUAUAAAAGAGAAAGAGUUGUGGUCCAGUGAAACUGGCAGACUGAUUUUGAAAACUCGUGUGCUGCCUCAAAGGUAAGGCUUGUAAGUCUGUUGGAUACAUGUACAUGCAGUAUCAUCACGAUGUUAGGUGUUACUAUAAGCACGUCAUUUGCACGUCAAAGGGUGGUACGAAUUCUACUAAUACCACACAAACGUAAUAUAAACAAAUGCAUGUGUUGAUAAUUUCUUAUGGUUUUAUUUUACAGAUGUUUCCCACAGUUCUUUUCUCUAGCUCUGGAAAGUAAUGACAUCGUAAGUAUUUAUUUAUUUAUUUAUUGCAAUACCAUGUCAGACUAUGUACUGGAUCUACAAGUUAUAAACUUGGAUCUUGCUAGAGUUCCAGUAAGGCCAUUCAUGCAUGAGAGUUUUGUCUACUCUCAUCCCUCGGUCAGCUAUGGUCAGACGAGAACAAGAGUUGCAUGAGAUGUUACUAAUCAAACAAGCUGGGUUUUGUGUUUAUUUCAAAACUUCAAAGAAGAAAACUUCUACUGAUCCAGACAUGAUUUAGAAAUAUUUCUUGUAGAUCUUUGAAGUUUGAUGCAUUGACCAUGAACAAUAACCUACUGUACCUCAGCAUACAUAAUUUUCUGGGUUUUAUUUUCAGGACCUUUUAAAAGAUUGCCUUUUCAAUCUAAAUGGGAUUUCAGAAUCAACCCUUGUUGAUUGUUUAAAAUUUAUUUUAAGGUAACUGAUCUCUAAUUAAUUAAUUAAUUAAUUAAUUAAUCAAUAAUAAUUAUUAUUAAUAUUAAUUAACUAUUAUUAUUAAUUAUUAUUAAUUGUAAUUAUUUGUUUUAAGAUAACUGAUCUCGAACUUACUAUUGUUUUGUAUUUGAUUGAAAUACUCAGUGGUUCCUGUAAUAACUAACCGUAAAGUCAUGUUAUUGUCGAUUUCAGGCUGUUCCCAAGUUCGUUGCGAACUUGCCAAUUACGUUGUCAAGUUCGGAAGUUGGGCGUGAACUUCGCAACGAAGUUCGCAAGUUCAUUUCAAAGUUCGAACUUUGAUUGUAAACAAAUGUUCAUAGUUGGAGUUGAAAUUACUGUAUAAGGCCCAAUGCACAUAUUACUGCAGUAAAAUAUUGGUUCAGUGGUCUCCCAAGACGAAAAUGGCAAGUUGACAACAAACUUGGGAACCUCGCUUUGAAAAGCAAUCUGAAAUCGACAAUAAAAUCAUUUUCAAUUGGCAGAUGUAAUGAUGAAGUCUUUCCAACUUGUGAAAACACGGAGAUUUGGAAAGAAACUAACUCACCAUGCAGUUUAUCAAGAGCGAGAUAUUUGUAUCCUUCUUAAUUUCUAAACUAAAUUAAACUACUUGUAUUUACUGCAUGAACUGUUCGCCCUAGAGGUCCGGUAUUAGCCACCUUCCUGUCUAGUGUGGCCACAGGAAGUAAUCCUAAAUUAAAUGCAAAAAUCUACCUUAACUUCAUUCAAACAGAUCACUUGUUCUUUCCCAUUCUAUCAAUGAUGCAUUUUUACAAACUAAUCUUAGAAAACUACACUUUGAAGAAACCAUGGUAAGUUCAUUUAGUUAGGGGUUGAAAUUUUAAAAACAAUUUAUUCACCCAGUAUCUGGUCGCCAAAUUUUAUAUGUCAGGUCUCCCUAAAACAAUGUGUUACAAAGUAGACAUUCUCUUCGUACAGUAUAUAAAAAAACAGUUGUUUACUAUGCUGGCAAAUUAUAUGCAAAGGCAGAAUAAAAUUUUGGUAGUUUGCUGUUUUGUUAACAGGGUGCAUGAACAAGCUUGAUGGCAUUAUCAGACUUGUUACAAGGUUGUUCUCACAAGUCUGAUACAGUCAUGAUAUAACAAGAAUGUUACAAGGGUGACGACACAAAGUUGUAACAAUAUUGUUAUAUCAUGACUGUAUCGGACUUGUUGGAACAACCUUGCAACAAGUCUGAUAAUAUCAACAAGCUUGCUACAAGUUGUUAACAGCUUCUUCCAAACUUGUUGACAACUUGGGACAAGCAGUGCGAACACAACUUGUUGACGGCUUGUUGGCAGACUUGCUACAAGAUGUGAGAUUUUUACGUGUGUAGGGCGCAUCUGGGCGCAUUCUGCUCACAUGCGACGGAGGUGAAAUUAUAAUCACUCACAGCGUUAAAGGGCACAUGGUACGCUAUGCCAUCAACACCUACUUCUUCUUCUUUAGCUAUUUAUGAAAUUUCUUCUUUGUGUCAUAAAAUGGUGGUCGAUAACUCUACAAGAUUUACUACAACUGGAGGGAUCUGUACAUACAUUGUCCUAUACACAGGUGAGAUGUCUUCCGCACUUGAAUAAAGUACUGUACUGCAUUAGCCAGUUGAACCAUAACUCCGCAUUGGACAUCGUCAAGUUUUUUUUCAACAGAAUGCACACAGGAAAAUUUGAAUUUUUGACCAAAAUUUUGAUUUUUAUGACAUGUUUCAUGAAAGAAAUUCAUGGUUUUCGACAAUUUUCAGAAAAUUUGGAGUGUGUCCAUAUUUCUUAAAUUGGGCAAUGGAUUAAAAAUUUGGACACUCGUAGAGAAGGAACCGUACUGACCAAUUUGUAACUGGACUUGUACGUGUUUAUAGGUUCUAGACUGGGCUGCCUUAACAUUGAACGCGCAUUUUACACAGUUGAUACUCAUCCCUGAGGCACAGACGUUGUUGGUCAAUCUUCACAAAGUCAUUGCCGAACAGGUAAAUACGACUCUUACUAAGAGUCCUAGGGGUCUGGGGCCAACUUAUUGCAUAGAAAUAAUAGAUAUAGAAUGCCUACUUGUUCAGGAAUUAUGUCUUAAUUUCAUCCUUCCAAACCCGCCAUAUUGACUUUGACUUGGUGUGAGAAUUACAAAGUAUAAACAAAAAUGGUGAAUAUCGUACUAUUAUUUCCAUGCCUAGAAAUAAAACCCCCAGGGGAUGGAGGGGGGUUGAGGACUUAACCAGAGGGUUUUGGAACAUUUUAUAUGGAAAGUCCUCCGACUCAAUAUAGACCAUUUUGUGUUUAGAUCACGACACAUGAACAGCUGGAUCAGCUCGAUGGACCUCUAAGACACUUUAAGAAACACGAACCCUUACCGAAAAACGACCGCAUAUCUGCAUAUUCCAUGGAAAACAUUGAAUUAUAAAUUAUUGUUUCAUAUUAUAGCCUCAGACAUAUCUGUGUGUAAAAUUUUCAAGUUUUGAACCAUAUUUUUCCAAACUAGUUUGAGUGACAAUCAAGACUAUUUUUCCGACCAAUAUAACCAAAGGGGAGGUCAUGGUAGCUUUAUUGUCGUUUCCUUUUUCGACGUGUUUUUCAAAUCUGGAGAAAAACUAAAUGGUUUCUCUUUACAUUUUCUUUACAAAAGGACUUUUGAAUUUUUCAAAAACUGGCCCAAGGGUUUUUGUGGCUAGCCCGUUUGCGGGCUAGCCAUUAUCACAUAGUACACAAACGCGAUGAGCGAUGAUGAUCAUGGUGGUCCAGUCCGGAUUUUCGUAAAGUAUCGAGAGCAAUCGGAAGCGCCCGUAUUUUUCUGCCGACAUUUACAUUUGCAUUUCGAGGCAAUACUAGUGAUGUUGUUACGACGCAGUACUAGUGAGGUUGUUAAACCAGAAAAUUAAAAUAAAGUUUAUCUUCAUGGCUUCAACCUAUGGUGUCAAAACCGAUCAGAAAUUGUGCGUACUCGCCGUGUAAAUAUGGGUUUUGAUUUGCACUUUUUACUGAUUUGCGGGCCAUUUGUCAUCUUGAAUUGUCUUGUUGUUGAAAUUUCAUAUCUCAAUUGCAUUCGAAAUGUUUGGUAUUUUAAAGAAGGGGUAUUAUGUGGAGGAGGUUUAUAAUGCAGCGAAUAAAACCGGCAUUGGAUAAUUAUGGUAAAAGAAACUGUGCAUCGAACUCGUUUAUUUAAAGGCUUUAAGUAUACCUUUUCUUCAGCAUUGACGGCGUCUCAAAUGUCUACAUAUUUGUAAUAAACCUAUAAAGGAUUAUUGCGUCUGUCUGUCUUAGGAGUUAUAUAGUCGAAUAAUUCAGCAUGAUUUGUCUCACGUUCUCUUAUAAGUUGACUAAUAUUGCAUUAAAAGUGGUAAAAGUUGGUGUGCUAACCAAGAUUUCAGUGUAUUUGUUUGCUAAUAUUGCUAGGCCUAUAUCUCAAACGCU